GUCGUAGUUUAUAAAAGAUCAACUAUUACUUCUGUAAUUUUACGCAGGCACAAGUUUGGACAGCACGCCCGGCGCUCAAGGACCCCUCAGCAUCCGAACAUGGCGGCGGUCACAAGGCUGUGCUGUGUCCUCCGGUUGUCAUUUGAAGGUGUCGGAACUCUGAGAGCUCUAGGGGGCGCUGCUCACUUCUCCCAUUUGGCAAGACACAGUGCCCCCCAGUAUGCUCCAGUCACUGCCGCCCUGCAGCAGAACAGACAUUCAAGCUUCUUCAACAAACUGACAGCUGAUGAGCUUUGGCGGGGAGUCUUAGCUGAGUCCGGCGCCGGUGCCAGAAAGGGAAGAGGAAAGAGAACCAAACGUAAAGUGAAAAAAGAUCUCAACCGAGGCCAGAACCUUGGAGAAGGUCGUGCUGGCUACCUGUGGCCUGGUCUGAAUUCUCCGGUGUAUAGAGAUGGGUCCAUCCAGAAACCAUCACAACGAGGAGAGGCAGAGCAGAAGGAGGUGACCGCAGCCCUGGAACGCCAGAGGGAUGAAUGGGACAAACGCAGGAAGACUAAGAUAAAGAGAGAGAGAGGCUGGACCGGCUUCUCCUGGGGUGGGAUCAGUCUGGGUCCGCCAGAUCCGGGGCCCAACGGAGAAACAUAUGAAGAUUUUGAUUCACGCGUGAUAGAGGUCAAGAGUGUGUUUAAUGUCACGGCCAAAGAAAGCAGGAAGAGAUCCAUCAGUGCUCUAGUUGCUGUGGGCAAUGGAAAUGGAGCCGCAGGGUUUGCACUGGGGAAAGCAGCAGACAAGAACACUGCACUUAGAAAAGCAAAAAACCGAGCCAUGCAUUAUCUCUACUACAUUGAGAGAUACAACAACCAUACCAUAUAUCAUGACAUUGAGUCGAAGUUUAAAAGGACCACACUCAGAAUGAAGAAACAGAACAAAGGUUAUGGUCUGCGUUGUCAUCGGGCGGUAAUCACUCUCUGUAAGCUGAUUGGGAUAGAGGAUAUGUAUGCUAAAGUAGAUGGUUCAGUUAACCUCCUCAACAUCACCAGGGCUCUCUUCCACGGCCUGGCCAAUCAGGAGACUCAUCAGAAUCUCGCUGAUAAAAAGCAGCUGAAUGUGGUGGAGUUCAGGGCAGAACAAGGCGCUCUGCCCAUCGUGGUGGCUCAACCACAGCUCGGUGCCCGGAAGGAACCUGAAGUGGAGGACGAUGUGCCCAACACGCGUCUGCACUGGGCUGAUGUGAAGGCGUCACAGGGUGUUAAGAGAUCAGUGUGGGCAGGGGUUAAAAGGACCAUCUGGUGAUCUGAAUGGUAACGUCCAGCCAAUCUGUAUUGCAGGCUGACUGUCUAGUGCAGAACUUACAAACAUUUGCUAAGGGGGCACGUGCUAGGAUUGGAACUGGGCUGUUUAAACUACCAUUUCACCACACAAUCAAAGGUCCUGAAGUGCUUCAUACCCCCAGAAAUGAGUGUUUAUAUGUUGCUAGCACAUGAAAGAGAAGCGUGGAAGUGAAUGUAUGAAGAGAGACUUUGUUCUCACUUACCUAUACAUGACUAAUUGUUGGAAAUAAAUCUACAAUAAACCCA